ACGUAAAGUCGAGCGGUGGACCAAUAAGAUGAUACAAUUCACGGUUUUUGUAGGUAAAGUGUAUAUACACGCGUUAUGUUUCAGCCGGGAGUUGGCCAUGUGUCACUAAAGAAAAUAUACAAAUUAUUAGCAUAAACCCUUGGAAAUGUACACACGUGUGCUGUAAUUCGUGGUGACUUCGCUGUAGAGGACCAGCUGAUCUUUGUUUAUGUCAUCUCACAGACGAUGAUCCGUGCGAAUUAAGUUUCAAACGAGUUUCGAAAGGAUUUGGAAUCUGUUUCUGUGAUCAUCCUAUCAUCUCUUUCAUUGUGUUAUAUUUUUUUCGUGUGAAAUUGUGUAUGUGUGGGACUUUUCCAGUGCCGCCCUUUUUAGGGCCCAAAAUCAUGGCAAGUCACGCACACCUGGACAUUUACAAGGAUGAGUAAGGUUGUAAAGAAAAGACGGAAAUCGGCAUUGUUUGGAUCUGAGGAUAUUUUGAGUGAAGUUUUUCCGUGAUUAACUUUUUGUAUGUGGAAGUUACAAGAAGAAGUGAACUUAUGACAACAACACUGGAAGAGAAAGUGAUGCCGUCCAAAGACGACGAAUCAGUGGGCUCUGUUGGUAGUCCCGGAAGUGCAAGUAAUGGCGCCACCAACGGGAGCAAGAAGCACCGGACGAAACGAGUGUUAAGAUUAGAAGAGGAGGAAAACGGACACAGCGGUGUGAACCAGUUGGGAGGAGUGUUUGUGAACGGACGACCUCUACCGGACUCAACACGACAACGGAUUGUGGAAUUGGCCCAUAGUGGUGCCCGGCCGUGUGAUAUCUCCAGAAUUCUCCAGGUUUCCAAUGGCUGUGUUAGCAAAAUACUAGGUCGCUAUUACGAAACUGGCUCGAUACGACCUCGAGCAAUAGGCGGUAGUAAGCCCAGAGUGGCUACCAAUGACGUCGUAGGCAAAAUAGCCCAAUACAAGAGGGAGUGUCCGUCAAUUUUCGCCUGGGAAAUUAGGGACCGAUUGCUUUCCGACGGAUGCUGUAACCAGGACAACAUCCCUAGCGUUUCAUCUAUCAACCGCGUUUUACGGAACUUGUGUAGUGACAAUCAGAAGGUUAUGGGACAAGGCGCAAUGUAUGACAAGUUGGGUCUACUAAACGGUCAGUCAUGGCCACGCCCUAAUCCAUGGUAUACAUCCAACAUGUCUAUGGCUGGAAUCGGAGCACCGGCGCCUUAUCCAACCCAUCAAAGCUCUACCCCGAUCUGCAUAGAUAAGAAAAGUAACGACAGUUCCGCGUCAGAGACCAACAGUGAAGGUCAAAAUGGACACACGGACGAACAGGUCCGCUUACGUCUCAAACGAAAAUUACAAAGGAACCGAACCUCGUUUACAGCUGCUCAGAUUGAAUCGUUAGAAAAAGAGUUUGAACGGACGCAUUAUCCAGAUGUAUUUGCACGCGAACGGUUAGCUCAAAAAAUUGAUCUCCCUGAAGCCAGAAUACAGGUAUGGUUUUCAAAUAGAAGAGCAAAAUGGCGGAGAGAAGAAAAACUACGUAAUCAGAGAAGAGAUGUUCCGAAUGGAUCUACGAGAUUACCUAUAAAUAGCAGCUUUCCGAAUGGAAUGUAUCCAUCUAUUCAUCAACAGAUAGGCACCAUUGCUGAACCAUACAGUACAAUGCCCACCGUUCCGACCUACUCGCUGGCAAACAAUCUCCCAACUAACCCUGCCUGUCUUCAAUCCACAAACACCUCAUCCUACUCCUGUAUGUUACCAGAUUAUUCUGGACGUGGGUAUGAUCCUUUGUCUCUAAGCAGCUAUUCCCGUCCCCCCUGCAACCCCGCAGCAAGCAUGCAGAGCCAUAUGGCGCACAACUCCCAUAAUGGAUCAUCUACGGGUCUUAUAUCCCCGGGUGUGUCAGUUCCGAUACAGGUGCCGGGGGGCGGGCCCCAGGACAUGAGUGCUCAUCAUCAUAUGGGGUCAAUGCCAUCACAAUAUUGGCCGAGACUACAAUGAUAACCUCCUACAUGUGAUGACAAUUUGUUCAAAACUUCGGAAGUAAUCUUCCCCAGACUCAGUCUUGAUCAAGUGUGAUUGGUACAGAUUAUAGCCAAACUCGGAACCUGACCAAUAGGAAGAGAACUGAAAAGCGCGGGAUUAUCAUGCAUGGAAAAAGAAGGAUGCUUUACCGAAUCUGGAAUCGGUGUCAUUGGAGGUCGACGAUACCUCGACUACUACCUUACAUAACAGGGUUAUUGAAACCCCGUUCAAAAGUGAAAGCGAAAUAAAGAAAACAAAUCUCAGUCCGUUGUCUGAUGAUGGAAAUCCAUCCAUCGUAUGAUGAUAAAAAACAUUCCACUGUCUGAUGAUGGUUCGUUGUCUGAUGGAAACCAAUUCGUUUCUGAUGGAAAAUUAUUUUAAAGAUGAAAAGUGACAGGAAGCAACAACAAGUAUAUUUUGGUUUCCAGACAUUUGGUCUUGCAAUACAUUUUCGGUUUGUCAGAAAUUGGGUAUAAAGUGACAAGACAAUGGAACUGCCUAUAAAUAAGGACCUGUUCGAUAUCUGUGAUCAACCAUAGUAUCAAGUAUUCUUUGCCAGUAUUUAGUGCUCAGGAAAUUACUCUAUAUCGCGGCGCACCCUACCGGUAGUGCUUCAAACGAUUUUUCAUUGGUAACCAAUAGUUACUUAUACAGUCAAGGGCCGCCAUUGGUCCGCCAUCUUUCUGAUCAUCAUUGAAAUCCGUGUUCACGAAGGCCGCUCAGAAGCGAUUGACAAAUGAUGGGGACAUUAAGGAUUAGAGACCUAAAAUAUCAGUCGAUCACAAACAUCAUGACGACAUUCAAAAUGAACAAAUUUGUAAAUGUAGCGUAUAACGGUACAGUGGGCAUGUUAAUAGCAAGUGCUACAACUGGACCUGACGAUUACCAUUUUAGUCCAAAGUUGUAUGUACAAAUUGAUAUGUCUAGAAGGUUUCUGAUGCUGAUUAAACUAAAGGUUAUUUGACUCCAUAUUCAUCAGAUGAUGUUUGUAACAUCUACUGGAAGCUCAAGGAUGAGACUGAUGUUGUAAUUUUCUGUCAUUACUAUCGUCUUUAGCCUAAUGUCAUACUUAUCUUUAUUUAGUUCAAAGGAUCUAAAGUAUAGAGAGGUUUUUUGAAGGAAGGCGACAUAUUCAUGUAUUUUAUUACAAUUCUUGCCUUGGUUUUACGCUGCAGAAAUUAAGCAACGUAUAAUUAAUUGCACAAUAUAUUGUAAUUAGUAUAUAUCACAUGUUCUUUCACAUUUUUGGCUGUUUAUAUUGAGACAAAUCCGCUGUUAUUUCAAUUCAAUUUUAGAUAAAAUAAAACCGACCUUUUGAUAAAAAUAGUGUAAAUUAUUAUCAUAUACAACAUGUGGAUGGAUAAACUGCGUGGCAUCAAUGUAAGAUGGGAUGUACGUUAUGGUUGCUUGUAUAAAUAUCCUGAAGUCGUUGUCAUAAUUAACGUAAAAUGGUUCUCUUUUUUUUAUAAAUAAUGCAAGGCGUAACUGAAUCACGUCCUGAAUUGUAUUAGCUAGUAAGGAUGGAUGAAUGUUUUCUAUAUAAAUAUAUAUACACAUUGUCUUACGAGCUCAAGUUUGUUAUUCUUAUUUGUCAUAGAUAUUGAAAAUGUGAUGAGAGUCAACAUGUUAUUAUAGAAAUAUGAUUGAGCGUGAGUUGAGCAUAUAUAAAAUUUGAUUGGUUGAAUGUUGUAUGAGUUAUGAAGACUGUGAAUGUUUUAUAUAUAUAUAUGUAAUGCAUUUUAAAUCUUUGUUGUGACAUUUUACACCAAAAUUACACGAUGAAUAACACACAAUGUAUCUGAUCCUCACAUGUUCACUUAUUUAUUACAUGUAUAUAACAUUUGUUAUUUUUUAUAGUAUUUGUCAGAUUUAGUUAGUUAUGAAAAGUGAAUACUUUUUUGUUGUAUGGAGUCCAUCUCUCCAGUGCUCCUUAUAAAACAACCAUUUUAUGUUAUACAAUUGUACUAAAAUUGAAAAGGAAUACGCAAUUUUUUGUUAUGCUACAUUUUUGUUUCUAAAAUUGCUAACAAUUUGCUAGGGUAAUGUCUGCAAAGUUAUUCCCCUUUGUGACCCCUCUCCCGUCUCUGGAGCUUUGCCACUAUGAUGUGAGUGAUGUUCUUGGUAAUUGUGAUCUCAACCAGAGUCCAUUAGCUCCAAAUCUGGUGAUAUUUUACUAUGCCAUGUUCAAUUGAAAAAAAAAGAUAAUGAUAUGCUUAAUUUGUGAACAAAUUAGAUUCAUGAAUAUUUUUUCCUUUUAAUUUACCAAUGAAAUUUAACAAAAAGUUAAAUCGUCGCUAAAAUUAAGAAUUGAAUACCAUGGCGUUGAAAUUGCUGGUUUGGAUUUAUUGGGCUCUACAAAAUUCACUCUAGAUCCUACGUUGGUAAAUUCUGGCCCCGAAACCGUAAAAAGUCAAGAUUCGCAUUCUGUCUUUUGUGAUAUAUAUAUAUAUGGUAUGUGGCAUGGGAAAUUGAUAUUAGUUUAGCUAAGAACAACCGACGAUUUGUUUCAUAAUCUUUCAUAAAAUUUCAUAUUCUCGUAAAUGCGAAAUCCUUGAUUUAAAAAUGGAUGUGAGACUAAGAACGUUUUACAAUUUCGGGGCCAUAUUCUAAUCAUCCAAACAACAUACCUCGCUUUUGCAUAUUAGUGUUCAUUUAAUGGCGAUUCCAUGUGAGAAUUGUCGUACAUCACGAAGCCAGCAAAAUAAUGAUAUGUUAAAUAAAUAGCAAUAAAACUUUACAUGGUU